AUGUCCGGUAGGAUAAGAGGAAAACAUUAUUAUACUGGAUAUUUAGAAAUUUCCAGUGUAGGAAUAGCUGAUAUACUGCCUAUAAAUAGUAUUAUAUGCAUCAACAAGACAGAAAAAACUCAGAAACAGAAAAUCAGAAGGAUUACUUCGGCUGUAAACACAUCUAACUCAGACCAUACAAUUGCACAGAACAAAAUAGAUACAAACUUAAAGGAAGGCUUUCCUGGACUAACUGUUGACGUAUAUAGCUAUGAAGAUAAGUAUGAAAAACUUAUGUACCGUCUAAGAAGACUAAAUAAAAGGGCAGAAAGACUAAAUACUACAAAAACACCAUUGUCUAUUCAAUUGGAUAGUUCUGAUGCAGAGAAAAUUGCUAAACUUAGAAUAAAUUCAAAUUUAAAUACGAUAUUACAAAGGAAGUUAAGGAUUCCUAGAGUUUUAGAAUUCAUAGAUGCAGCUUUGCAGGUUAAUUUAAAUUAUUUAGAAGGUAAUUUUAAGAAAGUAGGGAUUUUAUCUGAUUACAAAAACAAUCCCUGGUCUGAAGAAAACUUAUAUGAGUACUUUUCAGAAUGUGUACAGUUGGAGAGUUACCAACUCAUUUGUGGAAAAAUACGAUAUACAAAUGUAGAUUUAAGCAAAUAUGAACCACUUCCAGAAUUUUUACAGUUAGAUGGGCCUAAAUGUAACACUAACCCCGUGGAUAUACACAAGAAAAUUUCUGAACAAUUUUUGAAAGGUAAUGAAGAAACUAACAUUGAGCUUGUUAAUGAAAAUGAGAUAAUAAUAACUAUAAGUUUUUAUCAUCAUAUGAGAGGUCAUAAAUUUAGAGAAUUCGAUGUUCUGGCAUCGCAAACACUUUCGGAUAUCACCGAUACAUUCAACUGUUCAUCGAUAAUAUCAGGAGAUCGCACCCUAAAACUAAAGGGAUCAUGUUAUAUGAUCAAUGGCACAUUAUACCCAGACUUAAGGAAUGGAGCCUGUGAUUAUUCAGUUAAUCUGGUAGAAUUUUAUGAAAGCUACAAGCCGGGAGUGCUAAAAUCAAUAACUCCAAUCAAUCAAAGUGACGCUGUUCUUGGAGACAUAAAACUUCCUGUCUACACGCCAGGGUAUUUUAUUCAUCAUGGAGAAUGUGAACACAGAAUAAUGAUUACAAAAAUUCGAACAUUCGACAAAUCAAGAGACUGCCCAUAUGUAUCAUGCUAUCCUGUUCAUAUCUUCGUAUCCAGGAAACACACAAAGGACUGCCAAAUAUGUGACCUAAAUAAAGUAGACAAGACCGUAUUCAACUCCCAGUUACUCCCGAACAAUCCAGCAUAUAUGUGUAACGAAUGCUUCAAACACAUGAAUAGCAUAAAACUGAAGACAGGUUUGUACUUUAGCAAAGGACUCGUGUCCUCAACAUCAAUCGAUUAUAACGAAGAGUGA